GAUUUUUGCUUCAAAACGGCUUCCUCGUCUUCGAAAUGUCAGAAACUCGACCCGACAAUAGAUCUGUUCAUUUUGCGAGAUUGAGUACUGACGAUUCUCUUGACGACGAAACGGAUGAUCAAAUUGAUGCCAGGGAAAAAUGUCUCAAAAAGAUCUCAAUUCUAAAGAAAUGUCUGCAAAUUCAAUCUCAUGGCGCCGAAAAUAGUCCAAUCAAUUGUUGAAUUAUCACUUGCGAACGAUCUUCCACCGAAAUUCGCUGAAGAAGCAGCAACAAUUCUUGCAAAUUAUAUCAAAGAUGCCGGGUUUUACAAGAAAAGGAGACUUGCCGAGAAGAUUUCCAAAUUCGAUUUCAACACAAAAUGUCUAAUUAUACGUCAUAUUCGAUUAGUCGGUGUCGAUCAAUUUCCAGUUGAUAUUUGCCUUUCAAGAGCUAGUAGACGUGGAACUAUAAAAGAUGGAAUUAUGAGAUUCAAGAAGCCUAAAUGUAAACAAGCAAUGGCUCAUGGAGAUAAUAAAUAUGGUCGUCUUGGUAUUGGAUCGAAUGAUGAAUCGGUUUCCAAGUGGCAGCAUAUCAAAAUAUCAGGAGAAAUUCUCCGUGUCCACAUUGGACCUUGUCACACUAUUUUCGAAUUGGCAAGUGGUGAAUUAUACGGAUGUGGAAAAGCUUCAAAUUUCUUAGAAGGUCCAGUUGAUCCAGAAUUGAAUAUUAAUACUCCCGUCAAGUUGCAGUAUUAUACAGCCAAUCCGAUGGUGCGCACAAAAAUCAUAUUAACACCUGAUUCUACCGAAUUUAUGGACUACAAUGUUCUAUCUAGUCUGAUUAUUGGACGAUGCGAAUCAAAUUCAAAUAUUCGUUCAUCUGGUGAUAACUGGAAAAUUCGAACAAAAAGAGAAGCGUUGGAAGAAAUUCAAGUUUUGAAGGAAAUUACAACGAAACGAGUUUUAGUUUCAGCAUAUGACGAUGAAAUGAAUUUGCAUUUUGAACGAUUUAUCAACGUUCGUGAUGACUGCCAAUGGGUCAGUUCAGACGGGAAACAAAAGGAAAUUGUGUUCAUUAGUGAUGGGUUCCGUGUGGAUUCGGAAACAUUUUGGAAAAACUACACAAUUUAUACAAACGGGACGAUUUGUGCAUUCGCUGACAAUAAUAUAUACAGUGGAAAACUUGUAUUAUCAAAAGAAGGUGUAAAUAGUUCUGACGAAGAUAGUGACGAUGAAGAAUAUGAUGAUGAUAUGUUUGAUGAGAAUAUGAGAAACCGGGAAUCUUUUAAAUCAUUGAUUGAAAGAAAUGGAGUUUUGGUGGCAUUUAUGAGUGAACGUAUUAUGACUUUUUCAUUUGAUGGACUCGCUAUGUCGCCUAAUGGUGAAUCUAUGUUCGUUUGGUCGAAAUUCCCCGUCAAUAAACAAGUGAAAAACUAUCGUCCAUCUGGGAAAUCAAGUCCUUUCCUGUGCUCAAAAACUACGCCGAACUCUAAAAUCAAUGACGUCACUUCACUUUCGGACAUUUUGAAUUCAGUUUCUGAAACACCAAUCUCAUUACUCAAUACACUAUACAGAGAUAAUGCUUAUCCUCGAUUUCCCGAGCACAUCCAAGUUCUUUUGGCGUUGAGACAUUUUCUAAGAAUCGAUGGAAAUACUGGAAUUCCGUUGGUUUUGGCAAGUAAUCUUCAAGAUGAUGGAAAUAUUAAUAAACAAAAAAUGAGAAAAGAAAUGCGUGCAGCAUUGGAUAUUAGCUUCAAAAUUCCAAUUCUUACUGUCAAAGCAAAUUGGAGCAUUGAGCAGAAAAAGCAGAGAAAGGCGGAAGUAAGAGAAAAGUCAGAAUUAUAUUUGAAUGAACUAAUCAAAGAUGUGUCCGCUCUUAUGGAGAAAUUGAACACAGUUCCAUUGAAAUAUCGAGCAAAUGGAUUGGAAGUUGAAUUUGCGAAAUACAUCAAUGAUAUAUUUUGUGUUUCCUUCGAUCCACCAGGAGAAACCGAUGAAGUUACUAUAAAAUCUGAAAACUGCCUGACUCCUCAAACAACAGGCGAAAAAAUGUUCAAGCUUGGACAUUGUGAAAGAGCAUUGAAUGAGAGGGUUAAAGAGGGCGAUAUCGAUGGAAAUGAGCCCAGAUUCAAGCUUAUUCGAGUCGAAGCUGUUCAAAUUCUGACGGAUCGAGGUGUAUUUGUUAGUGGAGUUGAAUCCAAAUUUCAGACGUUUUCCGAUGAAGUUACCGAAUUUCGAAUUAAAUGUUUUGAUGAAGCUUUGCUAAACCAUAUUGAUGAAAAUUAUGUGUUGAAUUUGAAUGUGGCAUACCUUCACCAUGAGAACACAACCAAGUUUAUUGAAGCGAUGGAUUCAUUUUUCUUGAUUCGGGAAGAUUUUUAUUAUUUGGAUAGUUUGAAAUGGUAA